AUGGUCACGACAAAUCAGUGCAGCUACUCGGGCAGGAAGAUCCUCCCUGGGUACGGCAAGCGCAUGAGCCGCCACGACAAGGUCCUCCUUAUUUUCCUCAACAGAAAGGCCUCUGUGCACUACUUAAACAAGUGGAAUCCUCGCAAGAUCCGCUGGACUCUUGCAUCUCGUAGAGCGCGCGGAAAGGAGGUGAUCGUCAAGGCCCGCGAGCGCGUAACCAGGAAGGCAGUGGUCAGCAAGCGCAACUUCCUCAGCAUUGAUGACUCCAAGCUGGAGGCUCUUAAGAGCAAGUACUCCAGGGUCAACUAA